AUGGCAACUUCCGAGGCUCUACCAAAAUCCGAUAUCCCCAUAUUCACCACAGUUAGCGCGUACCGCGCAUGGCGGGAAACGGCGUUCUACGAGCGCAAGAGCGUCGGGUUCGUGCCGACGAUGGGCGCCCUGCAUGAGGGCCAUCUUUCUCUCGUGAGGCACUCGCUUGCGGCAAAUGACCAUACAGUUGUUUCGAUCUUUGUCAAUCCGGCACAAUUUGCACCGCACGAGGAUCUAGCGACAUACCCGCGCACGCUGUCCGAGGACCUCGCAGCGUUGACCGCCCUCGCCGGGCCGGCAGGCCGGAUUCCAUCUGCUGUAUUUCUCCCACCCGUCCGCGAAAUGUACCCAUCAGGCAUCACCCAGGACGUAUCGGCACAGCGGGGAACGUUCGUGGAAGUCAAGGGUCUAAGUGAACCCGGCGAGGGUCGUACACGGCCAACAUUCUUCCGCGGGGUCGCAACUGUGGUCACCAAACUGUUCAACAUCGUACAGCCCACGAAUGCGUAUUUCGGUCAGAAAGACAUCCAACAGGCUAUGCUUCUCCGGCGUCUGGUUGGAGAUCUGCUUCUGGCAAAUCCCACUCCCGAGCGCCUACAUAUCAUACGGACGACUCGGGAUCCUACGUCUGGACUUGCGUUAUCCUCGCGCAACGCAUAUCUCAGUGCUGCGGAACUUGAGCGUGCACCCGCUUUGUACGCUGCGCUCCGCGCGGCCCAGGAUGCCUGGGCGUCGGGCGCGAACAAGCACAAGUGUUUGAAGCGCGCAGAGGCAGUGCUGGAGGAGGCGCGCCUGUCGGCAGAGAAAGACGCCGUCACAGUCAAGCCGGAUUACAUCGAGUUCUUCGAUCCGUCGUCUUUCCAGGCUUUAGAUGAGGCGGCCGACUGUAGUAGUCGAGGGGGACUACCUACUGUGUUGACGGGUGCGAUGUGGGUGGGCAAGACCAGGCUCAUUGACAAUCUUGUACUGGACGACGAUGGGCCUCCCUUUCCGAAGAGGCCAACACAUCUACACCUUUCUGGUGUCAUCGGCACGCGGCUCAAUGCUUCCGCCUUUCAGCCCCAGAGCGAUGCACCCGGUAUAUAUAACGGGCUGCUAUCUCUCCAGAUCAACUCCGCUCCCUGUCUUCCUGCCUGCGGUUUGUGGCCCAUCAACAUCAUGCCAGCUCGUCCAAGGCCCAUGUCUGUGGCGGUAUACCGCCCAGAAGACCUGGCAUCACUCAAGAAGACGUCACGCCGAGUAUCUUUAGGACACAACGCGAUAGCAACGUCCUCCAAGCUAGCGGACACGGCCACUCCGACACGAGUAUUGUCCACAAUCCGCCCCCAAACUCCGAAACCACCAGAUCCCAGACCGCUCUCGCGCGAUGCAGCAUCUGAUGCAGAUGUAUUACUGCAAGCCGACGAUGGCACGUUAUUGUACGGACAUCAAUGGCUCCUUGCGCGUGCUUCACCUGUACUCGCCAGGAUGCUGUCAGGCCUUACUACUCGACCGACCAGCGCAUCGACCGUGAGCACUCAGCUAUCAGGGCCACCGAUCCUUGUCAUGGCGGAGAGUGCUCGCGCUCUACGGUUGCUGCUUGGGACGAUCUACCCGACGUGCCUUCUUUCCGAGCCACCCUGUCUGCCGCUAUCUCGUGACGAGACGUACUUGUUGGCGCAACUGGCACGCAAAUACUCCGCCGAGCAUCUCACCGAGGCCUCUAGGCGUGGGCUGCUCGCUUACGUCCCCAAAGACCCAACCUGGGCAUUCGCCGCGGCGUGGGUCUUUGAAUUCGCGGACGUCGCCCGCGCCGCGGCAAUGGAAAGCCUACGACACGACUUUCUACCAAGUUCAGACAUCAACAUCCUGCGACAAGUUCCAGCAGCCACAUUGGCCUCGUUACACGACUUUCGCCGGCGAUGUGCACAUACGUCUGCAAGUGCCCUGGCCAGAGUCGUGGACCUCGAGCGCGAGGCACAGACAGGGCGAUGCCGGAUGAUCACCGGAAGGAGUCUGUUGAGGUCGAGGCGGCCGGGGCCGGGCGACAACAAGACGUGUUUGAUGGUAUACAUGGACGCCAUUACGCUCCGAUUGACGGAUUACCCACAUCCGUGCACAGUCGUGGAGAGCCAUGAUCUACUGCUUCGAACAUGUUUGGACCCUGCAAGUGCGCCAUGCGCGAGCUGCUCGAAGAGAGCUCAGAAGCUGUUGAGGACGAAGUUGCAGGAGCUGAGCACCAGGCUCGAGAUGGAGCUGGCCACAGUGCCUCUGCAACUGCCUUUCUGA